AUGUCUUCUAUUGUCAACAAGGUCAAGGACGCUCUGUCUUCGGACAAGAAGCACGAGCAGCCUGAGGGAACUCACGGUCACCAUGACAGCCGCGUAGCAAACGCCGCCGACCCCCGCAUCGACUCUGACCGUGACCACCGCGCCAACCCCGCUGGUACCACCGGCACUCACACCGGAACCCACACUGGCACCUCCGGCCUCACCGGUACCACCGGUGGCCUCACCGGCUCUAACGUGACGGGCACCCACACCGGCCACACCGGCGUUGGCGGCUAUGAUGGCCCUGCCCCUACCACUGCUGGCCCUCACAAGUCAGACGCCCUGAACAAGGCCGACCCCCGUGUCGACUCUGACCACUCCAAGGACCACCACAACACUCACACCACCGGCGGCCUGACUGGCAACCCCGCUGGCGCCGGCCACCACACCACCGGUGCUCACGCCGGUACCCACGGCACCCACACCGGCACCACCGGCGGCCUUACUGGCUCCAACACCGUCACCGGCUACGAUGACCCCACCGGCACUCACGGCACCCACAACUCUCGCGUCGCUAACGCUGCCGACCCUCGCAUCGACUCUGACCGUGACCACCGCGGUGCCCCCGGCCACACCGGCAUCGGCGGCGCUGGCGUUGGUGGUGUCGGCAGCACUGGCACUCACACCGGAACCCACACCGGCACCUCCGGUUUGACCGGCACCCACGGCACCCACGGCACCCACGGCACUCACACCGGUACCACCGGCGGUCUGACCGGCUCCAACACUGUCACCGGCUACGAUGAUCCCACCGGCACUCACGGAACCCACAACUCUCGCGUCGCUAACGCUGCCGACCCUCGCAUCGACUCUGACCGCGACCACCGCGGCGCCCCCGGCCACACUGGUGUCGGCGCUGGUGUUGGAUCUACCGGCACCCACACCGGCACUCACACCACCGGCACCCACACUGGUGCUCACACCGGUGCCCACACUGGUGUCGGCCACACUGGCGUCGGUGCCAACACCCACAGCGCCACCACCGGUCCCGCCCCCGGCACCGCUGGCCCCCACAAGAGCGACUUCCUGAACAAGGCCGACCCCAGAGUCGACUCCGAUCUUGAUGGCAGCAAGACCAUCGGUGGCAACAAGACUGGAACGUCUGCAACCACUGGUCACGCCAAGGAUCCUACCGACGCUGCUCAGGUUCCUCCCUCCGUGCUUGCUAAGCACAUUGGUGAGCCCGAGACUGCGCACGGCGGUGUUCACGGAGACCACGGAAGACGGAACUCGAUUCCUUCCCACCAAGAGACUCACCGCGGAUUGUAA